AUUUUGAAUUUGUUGAGGUUGUUCGUCUGUGGCUGGCUGAGGUGGUACAAGGGAAGGGAUAACUCUAAUUUUAUAGUUAAAUUGAUUUCUUUGCUUAAAAAUAAAUGAAGCCGUUUAAAAAUGAUAGGCUUUGAACGAUCUAAUAAAAUGUAAUAGCCUAAUGAAUGUAGAUUUUUCAUAAAAAGCACAAAUUCCGAUUUGUCAAUAUUGACAAGCAGGUCAAAAUGUCGAAACGUACAGCCGAAGAUGGUGGCAAUGGCAGCAGUCAGCCGCCGAUCAAAAAAGUUCACUUUGAACCCCACCUAAUAGGACCAGUCUCCACCCUUGAAGAGAUGGACAUAAAAGUGCUUCAAUUCCAGAACAAGAAAUUGGCUCAGAGAAUAGAGCAACGUCACAGAUGUGAAGCUGAGCUGAGAGCAAGGAUAGAACAGCUUGAAAAGCGACAGACCCAAGAUGAUGCAGUACUGUGCGUUGUUAAUAGAUACUGGAAUCUACUCAACGAAGACAUUCGAGUGUUGCUACAACGCUUCGAUGCGGAGACUGCAGAUGAAUCAGAAAACAAAAAUGAAAAUGAGGCGACAACCUCAUUCUUAAUGCAACUGUCAACAUGGGACAAGGAGGAGCUGGAUGCACAACUGGCAAACAGAGUGCAAGUUAGCAAAAGAGCCGUGGCUAAGGUACUGCAGGCCUUUGACAGACUGCAGCAGAGGAACGAUAAGAUAUGGAAGGCUAUUAAAGGAGAAGGGGAAGAGGGCACCCCAGCACCAUCGCUAGAUGAGGUAAUCCGUGCAACCAAUGAAGAAGUAACGGCAGAGAACUGUCGCUUGCAAGGGCUGUGCACCACCCUGCAUGAGAGCCAUCAUGCCAUGACCCUGCGCGUGGCUCAACUACAAGAUGCAGUCAACAGCAGAGAUACAGAGAAUGCUGAGCUGAAAAAUCAAAUUGAUGACUUGCAGUAUGAAUUGAUGAAGGUGCGAUCAAGAAACGAUAAGUUAGAAAAUCACUUGGCCGAGGCAAUAGAGAAGCUCAAGACAUAUCAUCAGUCAGGAACGGCUGCAGGCACCAGCUCUGGACCAGCCAUCGCGGCUCCACAUCCUGUCGUCAACGCCAAGCUCGAGGAUGUCGCAGCAGAACUGGAGGAGCAGAGGGAGCUGGCGAACAACAGGCUGGCUGAACUGGACCGCCUGCACAGACAGCACCGAGACACGCUCAAAGAGCUGGAAAAGCUUAAAAUGGAUAUCCGUCAACUACCAGAGUCGGUGAUAGUGGAGACAACAGAGUACAAGUGUCUCCAGAGUCAGUUCUCGGUGCUCUACAACGAGUCCAUGCAGAUGAAGACUGCGCUGGACGAGACGAGGCUGCAGCUGCAGAGCGCCAAGAACUUGCACAUGCGGCAGAUUGAGAUGAUGGAGAGCGAAGAAUUGGCACGGCAAAAAGCGCUGCGGGCAGAAAUGAUCCAACUAGAAGAUGUACUGGGCCAGCUUAGGAAAGAGUACGAGAUGCUGAGGAUCGAGUUCGAGCAGAACUUGGCAGCCAACGAACAAACCGGACCGAUCAACAGGGAGAUGAGGCACCUCAUCACGUCGCUGCAGAACCACAACCAGCAGCUGAAGGGAGAAGUGCAUCGGUACAAGAGAAAGUAUAAGGAUACUAGUCAGGAGUUAAAUAAGAUCCGCAAAGAAAUGGAAGAAGCCAACACACGCGGCGGUGCCAGCACCGAGCAGCCUGAUGAGAAGCCGCUCGUCGUCAAGAAAGAGGAACCCGACCCUGAGUUAGCUGAUGACUGUGUCCAGGGCGAGGAAGGCGCCGCCGCCGGGCCCGAGAACAAGGGCGCCGGGAACAAGGAGCACAACCGCGCCAAGUUGCAGGAACAGGAUCAGAUCAUCAAGGACCUCAAGCAGCAGCUCAAAAAGGCCGUGAACGAGCAGAAAGAGCUGAAGCUUCUGCUGGACAUGUACAAGGGAGUGAGCAAGGAGCAGAGAGACAAGGUGCAGCUGAUGGCGGCAGAACGUAAGGCGCGCCAGGAGCUCGAGGACCAUCGACAGAAAGCAAAAAUGGCGCAGGAAAGUAAACGCGAGAGGCGAGUGGCGGACGAGGAUGCCCUGCGGAAGAUCAAACAGCUGGAGGAGCAGAAGUACGAGCUGCAGAAGCAGCUGUCGUGCGCGCGCCCCAACGCCGACCCGCUGCACACCUUCGCCAGGCCCUUCGCUGGCUCGCAAGAGGAAGAAGCGCUGCUCAACGAGAUGGAGGUGACCGGGCAAGCGUUUGAAGACAUGCAGGAGCAGAACUCGAGGCUAAUUCAGCAGCUGAGGGAAAAAGAUGACGCCAAUUUCAAACUUAUGUCUGAGAGGAUAAAGGCUAAUUCGCUGCACAAAUUGCUGAGGGAAGAGAAGCAACUUUUACAAGAGCAGGUAGUGACGCGGGACCAGCAGAUCGAGUCGAUGGGGCUGGUGGCGCGGCGGCUGGAGGAGAAGGAGCGGCUGCUGCAGAACACGCUGUCGGCCGUGGAGAAGGAGCUGCUGCUGCGCCAGCAGGCCAUGGAGAUGCACAAGCGGAAGGCCAUCGAGUCUGCGCAGUCGGCUGCCGACCUCAAACUGCACCUUGAAAAGUACCACGCACAAAUGAAAGAAGCGCAACAAGUUGUCGCGGAGAAAACUAGUGCACUCGAAGCAGAAGCUUAUAAAACGAAACGGUUACACGAAGAGCUGGCGGUAUUACGGCGCAAGGCGGAGCGGAUGAAGAAGAUGGAGCAGGCCGGCAGCAGCAUGGACGAGGUGUUGCUGGAGGAGAUCCGCGAGUACAAGGAGACCCUCACCUGCCCUUCGUGCAAGGUGAAACGCAAAGACGCCGUGCUCACGAAGUGCUUCCACGUGUUCUGCUGGGACUGCCUGCGCACGCGCUACGAGACACGCCAGCGGAAGUGCCCCAAGUGUAACGCGGCCUUCGGCGCCAACGACUACCACCGGCUCUACCUCUCCACUUAGGUACGGCGGCCUACAUCUAGUGAUGUACACCUUUAUUUAUUUUGACGACCAACUGUAUCUAGUGAUGUACACCUUUAAUUUAUUUUGACGAGGUAUUUGAGGUAACUGCUUUGGGAGGAUAUAUCGAGCGGGACUCUUUGGCCAUAUUAAUAGAUGUUCCUCAAUAUCUAACUUGAAGUUCAAGCUACUUGACAUUAUAAUGGGCUAGUUGACACUUUUUUAAAGUGUCUUAAAUUGUUCAUUAGCGUUCUACUAAAUUGAAAAAAAAUAUUAUAUUUUUUUGAAACAAACAACAACACAAUACAUAAUUUUUUUUUGAAAAUACGAGCCAAAACGUUGUUGGUCAUGAUGGUCUAUAUUUUAAAUGUUUCAUGAAGUCACGUUAAGACUAAACACAAAAUUAUAAGUUUGACGUUUAUUCCUUCGACGUCACACAAUGGACGACAGCGUUUUUGACGUUUGGAAAAAUGACCCUUAAUCUAUGAAUAAGGGUCCGAAAUUCAAUUCAAGUUGAAUAUUGUUUAAAUUGAAUUUGAUAUAAGUCAACUACCCUAUUGUGAUUUUUAUUUAUACAGUGAGGAACUAAAUACUGCACUUUUCCACUGUUAAUAUGGUUUUUACCCACUCGACCUCAUGAGUACCAAUUUAAGCACAUAUGCCCCAAGUACAACACUACCUUUUGGGGGAAAUCUGCCUCACAAUUUCCUGAAAGUGGAAUUUUUACCCGGGUCAGCAAUAUUAAAAGAUUCCGGGAGAUAACACUGAGGUCUUUGUAACCUAUAUCUGUAUCAAAAAUUUCUUUGAUUAAUUUAAAUCAAUAUUCAUUAAGUAUGUGAAAUAAAAGAUUCUGUCGAAUUAAAAAGAUUUUGUGAUGAAAUUAUAAUCUUGGAACUAAUUUUUUGUCACAUGAAGUAUCAGGUGAAUUCAAUACUUUAGCUAUAAUUUUAAUCUAUCUAAUCUGUGAUUUAUAAUCGUCUACAAGAUUUUUCAAUAAUAAAUUCGUAAUUUGAUCACAUUGUUAUAAUAAUUAUAAUCAAUUAAUUAAACUAAGAUCAAGUUCUUUAAAUGGAUUAUUGGAAUUAAAAACUAAGGCAAAAAUGCUUUUUCAAAUCCAAAAAUCAUGUUCAUCUUGAUUGACCUGACUCUACUUACUACAAUGAUAAAUAUUUUGGAUAGUUUUAGGAAAUGUCUACUUUUUUUAAUAGGCACUGAUUUGCCAAAUUCAUGAAUCAGCUGAUUGGUCUUCAGAAAUUGAUCUCUCAAUUAAAUAAUUUUGGUAUUGGGUUAUUUAUAUGAACCAAUAACAAAUAAUUAAACUCGUUUUUGCGUUGGUUUAAUGUAUAGGAUUCGAUUAUUAUUAUAGAUAGUUACCUACAGUCAAAGCCAAUCGUUCUAUAAUGAUAUUUAGACAUGCUUUCUAAGCUUUUUUAUACUAAAAACUAGCAUAUGUAAGUGAAAAUGUACGUACACACUGACUAUUGAAUUUGCUAUAUGUUAUUUAAUAAAAAAAUAUAAGCAAAAGAGUAUUAUAAAAUAAUCAUGGAAACUUUAUUAUGGUAUAUUUGUACUCUUAUCGAAAAUGUUCGUUAGUAUAUUUAAUAAAAAUAAACUAAGAAAUUUUUGUAAUAAUCACAAAUUAUGGGCGUAUUGAUGUUCUAUAUAAUUCCUUCGAAAUGGAUGUAAUUAUGAACUAUGACAUAAAACUUGCGAUAUAUAUACUCAGAGGCACAAUUAUCCGCCCACUUUAAUUUGACGCUAGUGUAUUAAAGUGGGCGGAUAAUUGUGCCUCUUAGUAUAUGACUUGGUACUUUAUUAGCGAAUUUUCAUUAUAUUUUCACUUUCUGUAGUAAUUUAUCAAUUAUCCUGAUUAACAGUAAAAGUUGCUGAUAAGAAUUAAUACUCCAUUUUGGAGUUAUGUAAUAAAAACACAAGCUAUACUAGAACUGUUAGGGUCGGUGCAUAUCGGCGAUGUGCAGCGAAGAGUAUUUUUCUACAAACUUUUAUUGGCAUUGCUGGCAAUGAAAUAAAAUGAAUUCAAUUAACAGCUAUGCUUUACCGCCUCUCGGGGAUUAUUUAUCAUGUUUAAUAACUUCUGACUUUAUUUAUUUGUGUAAACUCUUUAUAACGACACUUUUCGGAGUUAUUAACCAUUUACAGACCAGAGAGAGUGGUCGUUGAAUGGAGAAAAAUAAAAGGUUUCUUUAAUUUCUUCGCAGAUUUUCGAUACUGCUAAGCUUGCAGCAUUUUUUUAUCUAUCUGCGACUUCACAAAACUAAUAUUUUCGCCCGUCACUAUUAAGCGAAUUAUUAAAACUUUUUGACAAUAUAAUAUUUUCGUUUACUGACCAUGUUUACAGUUUCGUUCGUCGUACAAAGAACGAGAUUUAUUAUAUAAAAAUUUACGGUACGUAUGCGUAGUAGAUACGCGCAAAAUAAUAAAACAUAAAAACAGGAAAAAAAACGUCCUCAGCUGCAGUACUUAUCAAUUUUAGCAACUCAGAAAAUACUAUUCUGUAUUUUUGUCUUUAAAUACAGUUCGCGUGACGCUAUAUAAUAUUGGGUACAGCGUACAUUAUUGGGUAUUUCUACAAAUUAAACCAACCAAAGACAGGCAAUUUGGACGUUUUAAGAAGUUAGUCGUUAAACCGAGUGACAUUGUAAAGAGUUUACAUGGCAGUUACGCUAUGCUUCGCAGAUAUGCACCGGCUCUUAUCAUAUAUUAUACAAUUGUAAUAUAAUAUCUUAUUGUGUAACUUUUGUUUGGGAUAAUAAAAAUACAAAUGAAUUAAAUAAUUUAUUCUACAUGUAAAACUUUGAAAUAUCAAAAAAUUCACAACUAUUUUUAAUAAGUAAAUAGUAUUGGACAUGCUAGAUCAUUCAUUCCUUAUUUUAUAGUGAUACUUUCCAUGUAUUUAAUUAUGAGUUAUGUAAACGCAAUCGUUGUCUAAGAUUUAAUGUGCAUUUUGCAACUUGCGGUGGCGCGCGCCGUUUAUCAUUAUUAUUAUUAUAUUGUUGUUGUAUAUUUAGAUUAAAAUGAAGUCGAACAAUUGAAUAUAGUUUAUUCUUUAGUUAUACAUAUGUGUAUAGUGAUGUAAGCAUAAUUCUUCUACUUUAUUAUGGACAUAUUAUCCUGUCCAGAUAUAUUAUUUAAUGUCUGCAAAUAAUUGUUUUUGCCCGCUAAAUCCAUUUCUGAUGUCAGCCCGUCUCCGAUAUUUUUUGCGUCCGGUUUCAAUGGAACAUGAUUUAAAGCCAUUGACCUCUUAUCAUAAUAAAAGGACGCACAAUCAUGUAGAAAAUUUCACUUAUAAACUGGCCAAUUUUGCUUUGACAGUUUUAGAAUUAUUGGUUAAGAAAAUUAUACCUAAAGGCCUUUAACUAUAGUCCAAAAAUCCCAAAUUCAGAGCAAAUUUAACCUUAAGUAUUGAGUUUAAGGUUGAAUUUGCAAAUGCGACUACUUGAAUUGAGUGCCACGAAAUUGUGUUUGGCACUCAUUGAGUGGGGACGUUUUUUGGUCGCUGAUUGUGCAUCCACUUUUUAAUAGGAGAUCGAUGUUUAAAGCUUAUUAACUUUAAACAUCGAUCUCCUAUAUCGAUAAUGACUUGCGUUGAACUUCAGAAUAAAUAUUUAUUUCAUAUUUUUGUAAUUUCUAUUGUGUUAAUAGUCCAUAAUGUAGUAGCUAUGUAGUUAUAACAAUUGUAUUGUAGAUAGGAAAAUAGACUAUAAUGGAAAAUAACGACAGCCCACUGACUGAUAUACAUAUUUAUAUUUUUAGGUUUAACUUUCAUUGGGUUAAUAAUUUAAUAUUGUGCUCUGCUCUUACUUGGGGUGAUAGAUAUUUUUUAUCCUUUUAUUUUCUUUUUAAAAUGACCUCCAUUGAUCUUACUCUUAGGGCGCGCGACCAUAUUUUUAAUUCCGCAACAAUUUCGUGGAGAAAUUAUAAAAAAAAAUAGGAUUGAAAAUUAGCUCAUGUGUGCGCGCCCUUAUUGAGAUGGACAGAGUUAAAAGAAAACGAAUACACGUUGUAUUCGUUUCUAAACCCUUGCGCGCAAGAAAUGGUUUUAGAAGUGACGAUAGAACUUUUGAACUCUUAAUACAUUUACUACAAGAUUGCAAAUGUGCUGAGGUAAAAUGAAUAUCACAUUUGUUUUAUUAUAUUUUGGAAAAGGAUGUGCUAUGCUCAGCGCGCAGACAGUUUGCCUUAUUUUUUUUAAUUACGUAAAUUAAAAAAAAAAAACAUGCAAAUACUGCAAAAAAGAAGAUUAUCUCUAUUAUACCUUAUAGUAAAAAAAUAAUAAUAAACGCAUAAUUGAAGUAUCGCGAAGAUUUAUAUUGUUGACUUCACUGUGAGUGCUUGAAAUUUCCAAUUUUCAUAUUUAAUUCUAGAACUUUGUUUUAUACUACGUUUAAUUUAAAUUGAUAGUUAGAUAGUAUUUUCAUCUCUCUAUAGUCUUUGUUUGGUCUUAUACUUGUAGUUCUGAAAGUUACACCUUUUUUUUUCAUUUUCUCUUGUGGUUCAAAAACUAUUUAAAUAUAAAAGAAAUUCAAUAUAUUUACUAUGUACUAUGACUACACUCUGGGUUAUUGUAGCUUCCCAACAGUGAAAGAGUUUUUUCUAAUCGGUUUAGUAGUUCAAGAGACUAUUCAAUGUAAACAAACAAUCAUUUUUAAUAUCUAUACUAAUAUAAUAAAGCUGAAGAGUUUGUUUGUUUGAUUGAACGCGCUAAUCUUAGGAACUACUGGUCCGAUUUGAAAAAUUCUUUCUGUGUUAGAUAGCCCAUUUAUCGAGGAAGGCUAUAGGCUAUAUGUUAUCCCCAUAUUCCUAUGGGAACGGAACCACGCGGGUAAAACCGCGCGGCGUCAGCUAGUUAGUAUAUAAAACAAACGGUACGUUUUACCUUCCUUUGGAAAAGCAUCGAAGUUUGCAAUCUCGUAGUAUUACUGUAUUGUGAUGUAAGGAUAUGUCACUUUGGUCAGUAGUGAGGAGGUGGCAGAGUUAGUUUCGAAUUUAAUUUAUCUAAUAGUUUUAUUGUGUUUACUAAUAUUUAAUGAAAAUAUCGACAGUUAAAUGUAAACAUUUUAGGAAGUAUUUUAUGAUUAUGCUGUAGAUUGUAAUAGACCAAUUGGGCACCUCUUGUUCAAAAUAGGCGCAGAGUUUCGUGUCCGUUUAGGGCCUCUAUAACAGGAUGCCCUAUUUUAUACAUUUCAACAAUAGUUUGUAAAAGAUUGAAAUAUGUAAAAUAUUUAUGUUAUUAAUGAUUUUUUUUUUGUGAACUGUACAGUUAGCGAAUACAUAUUGGUAUUCUAAGAAGGAAAGAAGAGAUAAAUCAAGAGAAUUAUGAGUUCCUCGUUUGGGAAAGGAGUCGUACUUUUUGUAUCUAUCCCAUGUUUUGGGUAACGAAUUUUGAAAUUUGAAAUUUGCGUUUUUAUACGCUUAGGUGGUUAGGAAGGUCUUUGGUCAGAGCGAACUAUUUAUGUCGCAGUUGGUUAGUCGUCUAUCGAGUAGACAAAAUGAGUUAUCACAGAAUUAAUAGAAUACCUUAAACAAAUAAGCUGGAAUUAUAUUUAUCUGAUGUGUCGUGUCGUGACGUAUCGAGAACAGAAUCGGUUUCAUCCUUUUAGUAUGAAAACGUUCACACUUAUCUUGAACCACGUGUCGACACACCAGAUAUUAUUUGUCGUGUCGACACGUCACGUGUUGACUGUAGAUAAAUAAAAUUCCACCUUCAGUCCACUAUCUUUUUUGCUGGCAUUUAUUGUAUUUGUGCCUUGAGUGUGAGUUUUUGCAAGCAGUAAUAUUUCCGAAAAUCACUACAUUUUGGUACUAACUGACCGUUGUCGCACUUAUUGUUAGAGGCCGUACAGACUACUUUAGUAUUUUAGUCGAGUGCGAACAUUUUUUGAAUUUUGGGUGGUAAACCCAAAAAUCGUUACCGCACCUAAUUUUAGUAAUCUUGAAAUAAAUUACAGGAAUAUGAGUAUUAAUUUAUUUUUAAUGUUGAUUUUUAUUCUGAAUAAAAAAAUAAUGUAUUUAAAAUUUUUUUCUUUAUCUUUAAAUUGGGUAAAUUAUUCGUUAAAUUCCCAAAAACUCACUCCUGAUGCUCUGAAUUAUAUUAAAGUUGUGAUUCUUCUAAAUUUUCCGGCGUCUGAAUGUAAUUCUUCUCAAUUUUAUAUCAUUCAUUAACAUUAAAUGACAAAAUAUGUGGCUUUGUAUGUUUGUGGUUCAAUUGAAUGUGUAUUAAUAAUGACCUAAAUUUAUAUAAACCGCGUUGUACACGCUCUAUUUUACUGUUACGUCUCGCCUAUGUCCGGUUGUAGCAAGCGAUCAUAGCGUAUAGAGUGCGCGCACGAUAAGUUUGCGCGUGACCAAAAUUGGAACUAAUCUAAAGCGCCGCCAUCUUGUUGUCUAUCUCUAUCUAUCUAUUGGCGGGUAAAAGAGAUCACUAAAGCUGACAACAUGAUUGCGCCGCCAGUCGUGAUCAGACUUAUCUUGCGCGCACUCUACCAGGUGGGUAAUUGCGUAUCUUGAUCCGUUUGACAGCUCCAUUGAAUAAAAUAUACGUCAAAUAAAUGUCAAACUCCUAGGAAAACUCUUUGACUAGUUAGACAAUUAUAAUGGAAUGACUUUGCGUGCAAACGGAUCCGAUCAAGUUACACAAUUACUCCCAAGGUUGUAUGUGUGUACGAAAACAUGGCAACACCAUGUCGGGCUUUGGCGAUACGUAAAGCAAUGAUCGUAACGCGCCUGGCUGAGGCAUUGUAACUCAACUGUGUAUAUCUUUAUGUAAUAGAUAUGUAUUAAAUUAAAUGGAAUAAAUGUUUAAAAAAUA